UAAACCCUAGCAGAUAGGGCAAAUAGUGAAGAUACAAACAUGAUGAAGUUUGUGGUGCUGGCUGUUCUGGUCGUUGGAGCUUACGGAUGUGGGCUUCCCACCUACCCCCCUGUUGUGACGAGGGUAGUGGGGGGUGAGGACGUGCGUCCACACAGCUGGCCCUGGCAGAUCUCCCUUCAGUACAGCAGUGGUAGUACUUGGGGUCACACUUGCGGAGGCACUCUCAUUUCAAAUGAGUGGGUUCUUACUGCUGCCCACUGCAUCAGCAGCAGCAGAACUUAUAGAGUGUAUCUGGGAAAACAUAACCUGAAGCAGGAGGAGGAUGGAUCUGUUGCCAUUCCCGCUGGCAAGAUCAUUGUCCAUGAGGGUUGGAAUUCCUUUACUAUCCGUAAUGACAUUGCCCUGAUCAAACUGCAGACUCCUAUCACCCCAAAUGACAAAAUCGCACCUGCAUGUCUUCCUGUGGAUGGGGAUAUUCAGCCCAACAAUGCACCCUGCUACGUCACUGGUUGGGGACGCCUCUACACCAAUGGUCCCAUUGCUGAUAACCUGCAGCAGGCUCUCCUGCCUGUGGUGGAUUAUCCCACUUGCUCAAAGUCUGACUGGUGGGGAUCUCAGGUCACACAGAACAUGGUCUGCGCUGGUGGAGAUGGUGUUGUUGCUGGAUGUAAUGGCGACUCUGGUGGCCCUCUGAACUGUAAGGGUAAUGAUGGAGCUUGGGAAGUUCAUGGUAUUGUGAGCUUUGGUUCUGGCCUGAGCUGCAAUUACGCGAAGAAGCCCACUGUUUUCACUCGUGUGAGCGCCUAUAUUGACUGGAUCAGCAAGAACAUGGCCUCUUAUUAAAGUGGACAGAGUUUUGUACCAUCCAUUCCUUGAACAAUAAAAUAUAUUUUUUAAAACCACACACACAAGAA